GGAUCUUAGAUGAAGAAAGGCUGUAGUAGGUUAAAGAUGUGUGAAUUUCAAUAUUUAAUUUUAUUUUUCACAUCUCACAAACACACAUUUGUUAAAUACAAAUACAUAAUACUCAUGGGAAAGAACAGUACUCCCUUGAAAAGCAAAAAGAAAAAACAUUGGGAAACGGAUACUCCCACUUCUGUUCAUUGGUUUAGUUUAAUUAAUGAAAAUGCCAGGUCGCGGUUACAUUAUGUUAGCAUUGCAGAAAUUAAAAUUAUGGAUUUAUGACAAUACACGGAUCUUAGAUGAAGAAAGGCUGUAGUAGGUUAAAGAUGUGUGAAUUUCAAUAUUUAAUUUUAUUUUUCACAUCUCACAAACACACAUUUGUUAAAUACAAAUACAUAAUACUCAUGGGAAAGAACAGUACUCCCUUGAAAAGCAAAAAGAAAACAUUGGGAAACGGAUACUCCCACUUCUGUUCAUUGGUUUAGUUUAAUUAAUGAAAAUGCCAGGUUGCGGUUACAUUAUGUUAGCAUUGCAGAAAUUAAAAUUAUGGAUGUAUGACAAUACAUGUAUGUAUGCAGUAGAAAUCUUUGUAACACAAACAAAACACCAGGCAUUAACGGAGAAAUCUCUGUCACUCCCUAUGUAAGAAAAAAAACUGAACCAUUGUGCCGUAAAUACGGAUGUUUUUAAUAUAUAUGUUAAAUUUUGUAUCAGCAAUACAUUAAAUAAAAUGAGGGGUUUGACAUACAAUGCUUCAUUAAUCAAUGUUCACUUCAAUUUCACUGACAUGGCAUGGUGAGUAAGUCAUAGAUAAAGACAUUACAGAAUCUGGUCUGGUAACACUUUCAAUAAGCGAGGUGUAUAUAGCUCUAUGUAUCUAGUUUAUCUUGAAAUGUAUAAUGGAAACAAUGAAUAAAAUAGCAUUUAAAUAACUAUAAGGUAAAAAAAUGACAAUUGCUUUGGCAGUAAAGCAUCUCCAGAUGUUGUCCAUUACUAUCGCACGAUUUAGCCAUCAGAAUGAAUGAAGCCUGUGACAUCAGUUCCAGUGAGUUAUCCUGUCCCCCUCGGGUAUUAUACUCCAAUUUGGGGACUGGACACCACGGACAAGCCAAUUGAAGUCAUCCACCAGGUCCCACAUGUUCUUGGCCUGAUCCAGCCCAGAGACCUGGUAGUCCUUGUGGAUGUUCUCGUAGCUCCAGGUGAAGGGUGCGAAGUGCAGGUCAGUGCAGUCCUCUAUGAUGGCCUUGCAGGUGACAUGCAGGUAGAAGCGGCAGUCGGAGGAGCUGUGGGUGCGCAGUUGCUGGCAGGGGAAGGUGAACAGGCAGCCGGUGCAGCUAUCCACAAACACGGAGGAGGAGACGGGCCCGCAGAGCAGCCUGCAGCCGUGCAGCCCCCGGACAUGGAGGGUGCCAGGGCAGCCGCGCAGGGUGAUGGUGCAGUCUCUCAGGUCGCUCAGCAGCACGUCCUUCUGCCGGAUCUCCGCCGCCUCCAUGAACAGCACCUGGGAGGACAGGCCUUGGAAGCCGCACAGUGCCGGAGCAGGCUCCUGGGGCCGGGGUUUAACGGCGGCCGGCCUGGGGGUGCCUGUCCCGGGGGCCGGAGCGCCCGAGCCCGCUGGGGCCUGGUCCUUCUUGCGGGAUUUGAAGGCGAAUUUCUUCUUGGGCUGCAGGGCCUGCCGCUUGUCCUCCAGGGCCUCCUGCAGCCGGCUGACGGCCUCCUGGGCCUGGCGGAUGUGGUAGGGCGGCAGGAACAUCGUGCUGUCAUUCAGCAGCUUCUGGAGGCCCUGCAGGCGGCCGGCCACCUCCUCCAGCAGGCCGGGCUCCGAGCCGGACAGCAGCUCCUCGAUGGCCGCCUUCUCGGGGCCGAAAGUGGCGCCGAAAUGGGCGCUCUGCUCCUCCGGCACCGCCUGCCCAUCCUUCUGCCGCUUCCUCUGCUCUAACUCCCGCUGCCGCUCCUGGUCCCUCCGCUGCAGCCUCUCGGGAAGCCGGCCUGUGCCCUCCGGCAGAGCCCCGUCUGCUUCCAUAGCGCGAGCUGUUCGUUUCUAUGGAGAUACCGGUGGCAGCGGCGAGCCAGUCACUUCCGGCCGCUGUGGGUGACGUUGACAGGUCACGUGACAAAGUCGCGCUGGUACACACUGCAGCUAACGCCUGGAUACUGGGGGAGCGACGAGAAGGUUUGCCCCAUAACGUCAUCAAAGUGCCCCACCUAGUAACCCGGAAGAGGCUGCGCUGAGUGUAGUACCCACGUGGGUAAGAGAGCAAAGCAGUCUACACAGAGAACUGAGAAACCGAGCUUUAUUAGGGCACCGACAUGGGGAAGAGAAGAAAACAGAAGCUGGCGGAUGAUAUCAGCGCCCUGACCAAAAAGCAGAAAAAACACUUGAAAGAGUUUGGGGAGCAGCACCCUUUCUAUGAUGAGUAAGUCACAGCUGAAGGGACUGCACUCUUGAGAUGAGUUUGGAAAAUUACAGUAAAAAGCACCAAGUUAUUACUUCAUCGAGUCUCAAUCUGUUCCUGCUCUACCUGUAUGUGAACUAAAUUACAUUGAGGGAUGUUUCUGAUAUAACAUUAUAACCAGGGGUCAAGUCCUGGCGGAAAGUGUGGGAACUCACCCAAGACCCACAAUUAUACGCUCGUAUGCAUUUAUAUAGCCGGGUGAAGGGGUGACAGUGUAUGGGGGCUGAUUGGGGAUGGUGAUAUUGUAUGGAAGGGGUGUCUGUGUUAGGGGGCUGUGACAGGGUUUGUGGGGGUUAAGGGGACUGUGAGUGGGUAAGGGGGCUCACAGACAGACAUUUCCCACCAACACACAGAUUAUUUUUUAAUUUAAAUCCACCCAGCCUUUCUACUUUUGCCCAGCCACCUACACUGCACAGUUGCUUGAAACGCGUAAGAACGUAUUUUUCCCAAGCCCUUGCAUUAUUAACCCCUUAAGGACUCACGACGUGUGACAUGUCAUGAUUCUCUUUUAUUCCAGAAGCUUGGUCCUUAAGGGGUUAAAGCAUCCCUUGUUUGCAAUCUGCACAUAAUAAACCUUAUUUUAUUUUUUGCAGUGAUUGUUGUCAUUAUUUAUAUAAUGCCAACAUAUUCCACAGCACUUUAAAAUCAUAGAAUGGGGAUAAUUGACAACAAGUAGUUUAGAUUCAAAAUAUUAACAGAGAUAAGAUAGUGAUUCGUUUUGGCAAGUGUGACUUUCAAUUUAUGAAUGAGUAUAUUUUCAUGUUAUGUGUUGCAUGACAUUAUGCGCAAUUAUUUUAAUUGUUAGCUGAUGUACUACUAAUGGAGAUCAAGAGAUAUCCAAACAGUAUAAACUAUUGCAUAAUGUUAUCUCUCAUGUUGUUAAAAGGGUAUAUAAUCUGUUAAAAUCAUUUAGACCGUAAAGAUUAAAAACCCCUUCGGUCACUUACCUGGGUCCAGCACCUAUGUCCUUCGGUGCUGGCUCAGAUCCACCUCCGCUCCUCCUAAAGCACUAAUGCGUAUGUGCGGCAAUAGCCGAGCUCUCAUCAGGAUUUCCCCAUAGGAAAGCUUUACUGUAUACAAUAUGCACAGCGUGAGGACAGCCAGUGUCAGUUAGGUGACCAAAAGUCGCCGAACAGCCGGGAAAUUUUUUAAAUUAAAUAACUGCAGUAAUUUUUUUUUUUUUUUUUCAUAUCCGUUGUAUCAACAGAUUAGAAAUCUUAUAUUUGUUACGUAAAUUAAUUUCCACAGCACAUUUCACAUUCAUGAACUUUUAUUGUCAAUUUAUUUGGAUUGCUAAAUAGUUUUUCUCUGUGUGUGUGUUUUAAUAUAUUAACAUUUAUAUACCCUUUUUGUUUUUAUUUAUUUUUUAUUGCAGAGUUUCAAAAAAAGCAGAAAAGACUCAGCUUGUUGAACUGGUAAGUUCAAUUUGUGUGUGUGUGUAUACUAACAAUUUCAGUUGUCCAAGCCUCAAUAAAGUGAAAUGGAAACAGUCAACUUUGUUUAGCUCUGUUUGAUAAACGAAGUAAUUUGCUAUUUUACUGACUGCAUCUACCAUGCAGACCUUGUUGGCACUGUAGGAAUGAAUUAUAAAAAUGUGUAUCUACUUUCAUUUCUGUGCAGCCUGAGCACUCUGAGGAUGAGUCUAGUUCAAUUAGUGAGUCAGAAAGUGAACCGGAAACUGUGAAUAUGUAUCAUAAGCUACUUGCAACAUUAAAAAGUGUAUCUGAUGAGGAGGCUGAUGACGAUGAGGAGGAGGAUGAAGAAGGAAGAAUUGAAGAAGAUGUAGAAGGAAAUGAUGGAGCAGAGUCUGAAGAGGAAAAUCAAAAUAGUGAAGUGGAAAGUGAUGGUGAAGAUGAAUUUGUGGAAGACGAUAAUGCAGAAGAAAAUGGUAAGCUCACUUAUGUUGAUGCAAAUCACGAACUCAUUUAAAAUCUGUUUUAAAGAGAAUGUUAAACAAAAACCAAACUAAAGUUUAUGAAAUAUGUUGAUGAAAUAUUGGAUUGUAAGAAUGCAAGAUUUAUCCGGCCAAAUCAUAUUUUUUCCCCUUUUUAGAUCUUUUGGAAAUUGUGAAUGUUUGUAAAUUGUCUGUAUAUCAUUGCAUGCUUUAGUUUUUGAACAAGACUGUCAUUUAUGUAUGUACACUUUUCUUAUGUUCACUUUUCUUAUGUUCUUAGACCAAGGCACAGAAAGUUUAGAAAAAGGGGAGGAAAAGGCAACGGAUCCUGGGGAUCCAGCCCAAGAAGGAGAGGAAUUCACAGAUGUAAAGAAUGAAUUAAAAUUCAGUUUAGAAGGAAAUUACAUAGAAGAUGAAGAUCACAAAAAUGAGUCUGUAUUUCCCUGCAAGACUGCCUCAGAAGGUACGCAUCUGAACAUGUGACACGGUACUGGGUGACCAGGCCAAACUAUGUAAACAUUGGAGGAGGUGGGACUGCUGGCCCCAGAUUGUAGUUGCUAAGAAUUUAAUUGUCUGUUCAAGCAAAAGUUUGGUUUAAAUGUGUUUGUUGUUUUUUUCCAAUAACAAUUUUUGUGACCACAGUAAUAGUGAUCUUUUUUUAAAAUGUAUUUUUCUUCCAUUUGUAAGAUCCAUUUAUAAAGCAUGUUUACAGAGAAAUGGAAGACGAUGAAGUUGAACAAAUAACAACAAGCAAUAAAACAAGUGUGUCAUUGAAGGUACUUAUUUAACCCUAAAGUGUGCAUUGUUAAAAACAUGCUUUUACCUCCAUUCAUAUAAUUACAUUUCUGUAAUCCGAUACAUGAUCAUCAUUUUAUUUACUGUUCUCAUUUAUACCACCUGAUAAAGUUAGAAUGGGAAUGCCGAUUUUGUGUUUAUCUGUUAAUGUUUACGUUACAUGUGCCUUAGACUAAGCAUAUUUGGCUAUUUGUGAAAGAUCUUGGAAGCCUAAAAUGCAUUUAGAUUUGGGGUUCAUCGUGUUAUCAUUUGUCCUACUGAGGUUUAAACUUGUACCUGCUGUCAUCAUAUAUUGAUCUUUGCUAUGGAGGAAUUACAUGUUUUAAAUUCAAUGAGUAGCUUGCACUUUGUUUCAUGUCCGUCAGAUCCAUAAGCUGCCAAGCAUGUAUUAUAAUGCAGUUAUAUAUUCCAUCUUGGUGUGAAAUAACCAUUUAAAAGUGUGAUCAUUAAAGUCUAGAUAAUGGUAGGGAUUGAUGAUGAUGAUAGUAAUUGAAUCACAUUCACUUUUCUCAGCCUGCAGUGCUUGCCUGUAGCAUGUUUUGCUCUGGUUCCUUUUUAAGUGAAUCCUUUCUGUAUUCAGCUCCAUGUAAUAUCCACAUAUUAUGGGCAAAAUAGAGUGGAAAGAAUCAUGGGACAGCUCUGUGUGAAAAGUUCCCCCACCAAAAUUGAAGAUCACAUGCUUACACUUUAUGCUUACUUAAACCUAUCUCUAUGUGCUUUGCCCUGCUGUAUAUACCAAUAGCAGGGUUUAACCUUCCUUUUUAUGUUCUGGGUAAAGCCACCUAUUCCCUCUCCCUACUAGUGUACAUAUUGUUGCCUUACAGGCAUUCUUUAACCCAAUUUAAUGAUUUGGAUUUAUUAUUUCUUUUUAUGUCGUAGUUCACUGGCUUAGAUACGGAGUUACUGUGCAUGUGGCCAUAUUCUAAUCAGAUGACCAUUGUUUAUGCAGAGUGUUAAGAGAGGUACUACCAUUGAAAUGAGCAACUCACCCGAGAUAUGAGCUCCACUUUCUGCCAUUGUGAGCAUCCUAUUUGUAACAUAUAAAACUAUUCCUGCAACUGAUAUUUUAGCAAUGCCUGAUCACAUCACAAGAAGCUUCUCCAUGAUUUGAGUUGAUUGCAUCCUUAUUAAGUGCGCAUGCUUGGAAACUGUCAGGAUGGUAGGAUAUCAGGAUAAUGAAUUUACAUAAUUUGGUUGAUGUUUAUAACCCGCACUUGCCUAAAAAACAAUAGUGCGUAUACCCAAAGUGCAAUAAAACACACAAAGUCACGUCAAAGUGUCACAGAAAAUAUUGUAAAACCGGUUACUUCUCCCUGGACAUCCCCAGUCCUGAUAUAUACUAAGACCAUAUACUAUUAUAUAGAGAUACAGCAAACCUACAAGGAAUAAAAGUUACAUUGUAUUGCACUGUAACAAUUACAGCUCAAUUAGUGCAAAUUAAUUUCACUCACAUGUAAAAGAUGAAUUAAAGUCUAUGGAUGCACAUCAAUACAAACUCUUUGCAGUCAAGAUAAAAAUGUCUUGUAAUGGAUGAACAUCAGCACUCAUUGUUUCCUGUAUUGCUAUAAAUUAAUUGGGAGUAGAAUAAAAGUGCAUAACUCUCACUCUUCAAUAAAACACACACACAUUUAUUGCACAUAACGUACUAUAAAAUUCACAAUAACAUCGUUAGACAAAUCGUGUUCCAAAUCCAUCUCGCCAUACGUAUUUUGCCAUAGCAAAACGUCUUCAGUGACAAAACAUGAAUGGCGAGGCGGAGUUUGAAAACACAUUAUCCGGUGAUGAUUUUUAUUUUUUUUGGUAUGUUGUGAAUUACUAUACUAAGUUAUGUGCAAUAAAUAGAAGUGAGUGGUAUGCAAUAUUAAUUAUCCCCCAUUUAAUUUAUUGUAAUAUGGGGAAGCGUGACUUCUGAUGUUUGUUCAUUAAAAAUUAUUUUUAUCCUGACUGCAAAGAGCUUAUAUUCAUUCCGCUUUCAUGCGCAAGUGAACUCAUUUUCAUCAAUUGAGCUUUUAAGCAACCCUGUCAUAUCACAAAUGAGAAUUUCAUAAAGAUAAUAUCUCAAUCAAAUGCUCACAUUGACUAUGUCAGAAUGUCACAGAAAUUCCAAAAGAUAUCAUAAGAGAAAGUGGGUGCCUGACAAAACUUGACUAAAGGCGGAGCUACAACCAUCAAGUUUUAUCACUUUCCCCACCAGUCACUAAUGGAGGAAAAAGGCAUUGCCUAUGGAGGCCAUGUGGGAUCCUCCAAAGACCUCAGUGUUGUACUUUAAUGCAUAUGUGGGGUUACAGCAUUAACGUGGGCUCCUGGCAGAUGAAGAGGACCCCACCGCAUGAAGAUAGCGGCGGCUGCAAGGGACAGCUUUAGGUAAGUAAAACUUACCUUCCCUUGCACCCCGGGGCCACCAUACUACAAGCGGCAAUAUCACUGUCAGGGUUCUUUGCAAAGACGCCAUACGGUGACCAAACUCUCUUAAUUGUUACAGUGCUAUGCAAAGUAACUUAUGUUGCUUGCAGGUUUGAUAUAUAUUGAUGUUUUCAAAUUGUCUGUCACAUUCGUUAAAAUUAUAAGUGUGAAUAUACCUCUUCAGUGUGAUAAUAUUACUAUUUGUGUAUUCAUAUAUUUGCUAUAAGUUCUUGUUUCUUUCAUUGUAGUGGCCAGUGCUGGGUCAAUUGAACUUUUCAUCUAAAUUUGAGAAGGCUCAGCCUCCGAAGUCUGAGAAAGAAACGGAUUUAAAAAAACUCCAUCUCCAAAAGCCCCUGGAUAUCACAUGGCCUGAAGUGAACAGCACAUUUAAUCUGUCCCAGGGCGAUCAGAACUUUACCUCUCUACAGAAAGAGCUUUUCACCAUCAUGAAUUCCUACAAAGACUUGUUUUAUCCCUCCAGAACAGCCACAGUCCAAGGGGAGGAGAUCCGACAUGUGUACUGUCUGCAUGCACUGAACCAUGCGCUUAAAGCCAAUGCACAGGUUCUGAACAACAAUAGCAGAAUGAGGGAUGGCAAUACCCAUGUGGAUGACGAAGACUUUCGAGACCAAGGUCUCACCAGACCCAAGGUAUUCUCGCCUCUAUAGCUCAAUGCGCAACAUCAUAAUCUUAUGUAUUAUUUCUCGAGUCAUUAGCUGCCUGCCUAUUUUCCUUGCACAAGAUCUUCUUACCUUUAAAGAGGAACCGAACCGACCCUUCCAGAGAAGCAGCAGUAUGUGGGUAUGGCCAUAUGAGAGUUGAUUCAUUUACACACGUUUCUCUGAAAAGGCAGCGUUUACAUUAAAACGCCUGCAGGGACAUGAUGUACACACCAGAAAAAAAACGACAUUAUUAGGUGUUCAUAGCAUCCCUUUAAAGUAAAGCAAGUGACAGGUCCCUCUUUAAAGUGGAUCUGUCACUUUUAAAAAAAAUUUGUUUUAUGCUAUCAACCUGUCCCAAAUCUCCCCCUCCUCACCCCCUUUUUUAUUUCUUUUAAAAUAUGCUUAAGUUCAUAGUUAUACAUAAGGAAAAAGAGAGACUUUUUCUUCUUUAUAGCUGGAUGGUUGACAAAGUGUGGGGCUUUAGUAAAGCUCCAGUGCCUUUGUGAACUUUUUCCCAGAGUCCUUUCAGUGCCGCGGCACGUCCUGUAACCACGACAUCACUGCUCUCUCUGCCACUACUCCUCGCCCGGCUAUGGGUAUAGUAUUCUAGUUUUGGGCACCGCUAUCUUCAAUUCUUGAUGGCGAUGCCUAGAUUAAAGACCCGGUGGGACUGUCACGCCGUAAAACUCCGUAAAUCUGGUCCCAGGCUCUGAAAAUGAUUGGGGAGCAUUAGGGGGAAAAUAUGCUGCAAAUAUGAAGCCGAGAACUUCACAUUUGGAAAGCGUUACAGCCUUUUCUAUUGAAACAUAUUGAUACAAAAUUGUAUACUUUCUUACCCUAGCAGGCUUCGGGUUAUUUUUUAUAUUCUUAAUCCAAGUUAAUCUUAAAAUAUACUCUAUUAAUUGCAAAAAUAAUAAACAAACGUUAAUCGCUCUAAGGAAAAAGCAAAAAACGUGAUUUGCUUAAAGGGGAGCUGAAACGGCUCAAGAUUGCCUUUUCCAAUUAUGAGGAGGAACAGUAAAAAUACCUGUAACCACUCCUAACUAGAUGUAGGAUACAAUAUCCACUAAUGAACAGUUACAAAUUUACCACUUGAAGGUUCAGAGCUAACUGUGAUUACAAAAUAACUGCAGAGUCUGAGAGUCAAACCUCUAAAGUUAAAUAAAUUGCAGAUAGGUGGACUCUAAUUUGGACAUUUGGACAUUUUUUCUACACAGUUAUAGCAGGGGGUCAUCCUAUUUCUUCUUCUCUAAAAUGUAUUUUGUUCAUUAUAAUUACACCUAUAGAGUGAGUUCGCUAGUUUACUCCAUUUAAAAAAAAAAGUUUUUGAGACGAUAGAGCUUGCAGCUACCAUCUCUAGACUAUUAUUAAUAAGGAGAAAGUGGUUAGGGUGAUCAAUCCCUGUUAGAUAGACAUUAUUAGAGUCCACCUAUCUGCAAUUUAUUUAACUUUAGAGGUUUGACUCUCAAUGUAAUAUAUCUCAGACUCUGCAGUUAUUUUGUAAUCACAGUUAGCUCUGAACCUUCAAGUGUUAAAUUUGUAACUGUUCAUUAGUGGAUAUUGUAUCCUACAUCUAGUUAGGACUGGUUACAGGUAUUUUCACCCCCUUCUAAGGUCUCAAUUACGCUUUACUGUUCCUCCUCAUAAUUGGAUAAGGCAAUCUUGAACUGUUUCAGCUCCCCUCUAGGCAACUCACGAUUUUUGCUUUUUCCUUAGAGUGAUUAACAUUUGUUUGUUUAUUAUUUGUGUAUUUUUGCAAGUAAUAAAGUAUAUUUUAAGAUUAACUUGGAUUAAGACUCUGAGAUAUCCUUCCUAUGAUCUUGGGACUUUUCUUUGGAAUCCCUGAUCAUACUCUUUGUUUACUUAAUGUUUAGUUAGGGUUACCCACUAUUUGGAUAUCCAGAAGAGAGAGAUAGAGAUAUAUAUAUAUAUAUAUAUAUACACAUACAUAUACACACGCGCCUAUUUUAGGGGUCUGUUUUUUGUUUGUUUCUAUUUUUGAUAUUCUCUAUCUGUAUAGCUUGAUUCUAUGUAAAUAAUUGUUGUAGCGUUCUAAUGCGAGGCUUGGCACUUUGUUCUCUAUUGUUUUUAGGUUCUUAUCGUAGUGCCGUUCAGAGAAUCCGCAUUACGCGUGGUCCAGAUCCUGAUCAGUCUCAUGGAAGUUGUUGGUAGAAAGGUGGAUGUGAGUAACAAGAAGAGAUUCAAAGACGAAUUUGGCUCUGCCCCUGAAGACCGACCUCCAAACCUGAAGAGACCAGAGGAUUAUGAGGCAGUUUUUGCAGGAAACAUUGAUGACCAUUUUAGGAUAGGUGGGUUUUAUUAAUUAAUUGUAGAAUGGUUAAAUUGCUUUCAAGGCUUCCUGUUACCUGUACACUGAAUUGUCUAGCAGCAUGAUCUGUCAAUGUUACCAAACCAAGUAAGCAUUAUUCAAACACGUUUCUGAUCCAAUACCUUAACGAAUCCAUGAAGAUAUUGUAGUCAUUAAUGUUUUCUGUUUAGAAAAUCUAAUAAAGAGAAAAGAUUUACCUUUCUUUGCUUUAAUAGGGUUUUUGCUCCUCUAACAAACUGAUGUACAGCUCUCUGUUUGCAUAUUUGCUUAUUGCAUUCAUGGAGUGCUAACAUUAAUCUCAGCUUUACUGCACAAGCAAUGGCAAUCAGCUGGUAAGCUGUUGGGCAAAAUGAUGAAUACAAGAAACAAGACAUGUCUCAAGGUUGACAGCGCAUUUAAUGAGCCGUCCCUUAUGCUGCCAAAGACGAUGUACAUAUUGUAAAUGGCAGGAGAUUUUGUUUCGUUCACAUUUUUGCAGGCGAUGCAAACACUUGUGUUAUCAUGUUAUUGGGGUAUUGGUACCUUUUUAUAGAUGUUAAUAUCAUGAGAUCUUUUGACAGAGAAUGUUAUUGAAAGAAAAUCUAUUAUAGAAUGAUACUUGCGUGAGUCUGCAGAUUUUUUUUAUUUUUUUUAUGUGCAUAUUUAUUAAGUCUACAUACGCAACUUUAUGCAUAGGAAUAUCUGUGUACACCUCCUUAUAAUACAUGUUUAUUUUAUAGAUGAAAGAAGGAAGAGGGAAGUCUGAACUAAUGUUUUAUCUAAGCAACAUAUUAACUAAGUGCCAAUCACACAGUCCUUUGUGUUGCAGCGGUUCUAUGGACUUAAGAACAGAAUUUGGCACCAAUACAAACCUUUAUUUUAUUCAUUGCAGAGAGCCAUACAGUGGAUUACAUGAUUAGUCUGCAGCCUGCCUUAGCAGUUUCUAGAACUCACUUUUUUUUUCAUUUGAAUUUUUUUUAUUAUUUCUUCAUCCAUAAUAGAACAGCAUGGGAAGGGGUACAGAAGAAAGAACGAGGGGUGAGCGUAACUCACGGUUACACAAUAAGUAUCUACUGUGACAGGUUGCACAAAUUGGUACAUGGCAUAUAGAUGGUUACUUUGAACUCACUCUUUUUUUACUAGUAGUCUAGAUACAUCUAAACAUUAGGCUUCAGAUCCUUACAGAUAACACACAAAUACUUUGUAUCCUCUCUCCUUUACAGUGGUAAUGUAUCAAAUAAAAGUAUAUGGAAGCAAUGUGCAUUAUUCUGCUGCUCUAAAAUGACCUUGGUUUUGUCUUCUUUUUAUUAAGGUGUUGCCAUAUUACAGAAGAGCAUGCGACUAUACUCCCCUUUCUAUUCCUCUGACAUCAUCAUUGCCUCUCCUCUGGGCCUGCGUACUGUCAUUGGUUCAGAGGGCGAGAAGAAAAGAGACUUUGAUUUUCUGUCUUCCAUAGAGGUUCUUGUUAUUGAUCAGGUCGAUAUUUAUCUGAUGCAGAAUUGGGAGCACAUGCUGGUAAGUGUUAGAUAUUGUUACAUAAUCCAAAUGUAGCAAGCUUGCGAACUCUGGGUCCCUGGAUGGUUACUUCACAUUUCUUAAUAUUUCCUUUAUAUGAUAUUGGUAAGGCUAAACUCUUAUUUGCAGAUUUUCUUUGGUGAUUUUGUUAUUUUAUUUUUUUGGUGUGUGCUUUUAAUGUUUUAUCGUGAAUUGAAGAAAUGCAUCAAGUUUUGCUUACUUGUUCCAAUCUUUUUUUCCCAGAAUUUGGUUUGUACAUUAAAAGCUUCUCCACAAUAAUUGCUAAUAGUGUUUUCAAAGAUGGAAGAAGCAAGUUGACAUAAUAUCAUAUAUAUGUUUCCUGAUCACAUUUUCUUACUUUUUUAAAGCACUUGAUGAAUCACCUUAAUCUCCAACCAACGGAGUCUCAUGGCGUUGAUUUCUCCCGCGUUCGCAUGUGGAACCUCAACAACUGGGCAAAAUACUAUCGUCAGACACUCCUGUUCAGCGCACUGCAAGAGCCGCAGAUAAACUCCAUAUUUAACAAGCAUUGCUUCAAUUACAGUGGUCAGGUGAGGUAUACAGUAAGCUGUUGUGUGGCUACGUACAGCAUCUUUUUCUGGCAGUGUGCAUCUAUCGUGAAAAAGGAUUUCGCUAAAUGUUAAAGGGCAUAAAUAUGCUAGCAAAUGUGCUUACUUUGCCGAUGAGUCAGUGAUUGAGCAAAACUUUGGGGGAAAUCUAGAAAAGUGGGAUAAGAUCUCAAAAGUGGAAACCAAUUGGAAUUUCUGGUUAAUUCUGCUGGUUUCCAUGGCAACUUUGCUCCACGUUUCUCUUUGUGACAGUUGUAUAAUAUGUUUCCAUGGAUCCAACCUGACUUUUUAUCUGGAAAAGUACUUUACAGAUGUAUGAAUGACAGGAAUAAGUUUUGCUUUAAUGCCUAGACCCUCCAUCAUCAAGGGAGGGCCCAGGUGGGUGCACCUGUUUACCUUGUUCUCUUCUCCCCAUAGGUAGCUGUAAGAAAUAUGCCAGUGAUUGGUUCCAUUUCUCAGGUUGUGGUACAGCUUCCACAUGUCUUCCAGAGGCUUGAGGCAAACAGUUUACUUUCUGUGAUCGAUGCCAGGUAAUCUGCAGUUAACAUCCUAGUGAACAACAGUACUAUAAAUAUCUUUUCAGUCAAGUGAACAUGUCUGCCUUAAAGGACCACUAUAGUGCCAGGAAAACACUUGUUUUCCUGGCACUAUAGUGCCCUGAGGGUGCCCCCACCCUCAGGGUCCCCCUCCCGGCCGGCUCUGGAAGGGGGAAAGGGGUAAAAACUUACCUUUUUCCAGCGUUGUGCGGAGAGCUCUCCUCCUCCGAUCCUCCUUCUCUCCUCCCCGUCGGCUGAAUGCGCAUGCGCGGCAAGAGCUGCACGCGCAUUCAGCCGGUCACAUAGGAAAGCAUUAUCAAUGCUUUCCUAUGGACGCUGGCGUGCUCUCACUGUGAAAAUCACAGUGAGAAGCACGCAAGCGCCUCUAGCGGCUGUCAGUGAGACAGCCGCUAAAGGAAAUAGGGGAAGGCUUAACCCAUUCAUAAACAUAGCAGUUUCUCUGAAACUGCUAUGUUUAUAAAAAAAUGGGUUAACCCUAGCUGGACCAGGCACCCAGACCACUUCAUUGAGCUGAAGUGGUCUGGGUGCCUAUAGUGGUCCUUUAAGUUCACCUUCAGCCUCUACAUUGUGGUGACAAAAAAAAAUCAGCAAAUCUGUAGCUUAAAUAAUUCUUCUCACCCAACAUGGGCUUCGAUUUAAUUCUUUUGGACAAGCUUUAUAAAUGAUCACAAUCUGUUAAAUCAUUUGAAAAGUUUUUUUUUUUUUUUAUCUCCAAAAAGAAAUCCAUAGACUUGAAUGGUGAGAUCUGUAGAUACAUCCGUUUGCAUCGCCACAACAACAAAUACAGGCGUUACAUCACAUACUCUGAUAUGGCAGUCAAGAAAGCACAUUUGGUUUACAUAAUACCUAAGAAGAUCAUGAGCUUAGCUAACUUAUGGCUCUUACAUCAUCAGAAACAGGAAUGUAGAAUACCAAGUAAUUUCUUUUCUUGACAAUGGGUCAAACACAUUCCCGCCAAAGCUGGAUACAUGUGCACAUGGAUGCUAUGUGUCAAACCAGGGUUAGCUCCACAUCCCUGGCCUAGGUACCCUAUUCCUUAAGUUCACAUCCCAUAGGAACAUGGGACGCUGCUUCUCCUGAUCUAGGUGCGCUGUAGGCGGUACCAUACUAAGUCCGGCCCCCUACCCUACGAGAAAGGGUCGGGGCGACGAACCACAGAAAAGGUUAAGAAACAUGAGUAGAGGGGGGGCGGGGCCUGACAGCCAAGAUGGCCGGCAGCACUUUCCCAGAGCUCCAGCAGUAAUGAGCAAAAACUGAAUCGACACCCAAAGAAGCUCGGGCUGACCGGAGGAUGAAGCAGAAACAAGCAGGGACCAUAGGGAAACCCGUCCCUUAUAAAUACGCCAAGAUACUGCUCUGUCCGACCAUGCGGCCUAGCCCUGAGUGGGGCCAUGUGUAUGGGGGAGGCGGCCGAUCCCUCGGCACAGAACAGGCACCCAAUGGCAGGCUCACAACAGCCCUGUUACCCCCCCCCCCUGGACCGGUGGGGGUUAUCCCGGUCCCCGCGGGGGUCACUUACUGCCACACAGCCGACUGAAUCCAUACAGCCACAGAAAGCACCAAAGUCAGCAGCCACAGUCUCACCCACACGACCCUGGGAGAGCACAGAGAGUCCCACUAACUGCCUCACUGAGCAAGCAGACUUCUCCGCAAGGCUGGACGCGAUAUUCAACGAGUUCUGGAGAAAACUGGCCCAGCGUCAAAGGCAGCAAGCGAAACCUAAGCAAGACGACAGCCUACCUCAAAGUCCACGAGGUAGACGCAAAAUGGCCGCUGCGCCUGGCCUCCGGCUCCCUCACAGCCAUCCUCACCGCUCAACUCCCCGUGUCAAACAGCGGACUGUAGCAGGGAUCGCCUGGUCCCAAUCUGGACUGGGAAGCCACAAAAGAAAGCGCCCUACCCACCGCCCAUACACCCAAAAGGUCAUCCGGGCACCGGUGUUCCCAAGGGCCCACGAUCCUACCGCACAUCGCGGGGGGACCCAUAGACACAGGGGAAUGACUCCCGUCUCAGCCUGGGCUGGGGGAGCGAAGCAGCCGCAGCUCUAUCACCACGGAACCACUCGACGCCAGCGGCUAUACCAAUCCAAGCGGAGCGCCAAGACGGCAGGAGGACUAAACUUACCUAAACCGGUACCAUCACUACCAUCGACGGGGAUCGGCUGAUCCUGACACCGGACUCAAAGUUAGACCUCAGUGCCACCUGCCAUGGACACUAUGAGCUAGGAUAUGUACACUGAGGGCCCAUCUCCUUCACACUCACACCUGAUCUUAUUCUCUAGCAUACCGCAGCCUUAAUGUUUAUGUGCCAGUCAAGUUGUUCCAGCAUGCCAGUUGAUGCUCUUACCGGUAUCAUGUAAUGAAUCAUAGGUCCUGUUGUAAGAAUGUUUUGCCUCUUAGUUAACAAGCCAGAAUGACCCAGAUAUGGAGGUUGUCUAAUUUCUAGCUCACAAGGCACACAUUAAUAUAACCCCAAUGUAAAAUCUGCCGUACCCUCACGAAUGUCACCCAGCGGCCACUAAGCUACAGCAUUAAUAAUUAUAGUUUGGCAAACUACGAGACUUCUUCCUUGACAGGGUUAUUGUCAGCCUACUCAAUAUGUUUAAAUUGUGUUAACUGUCAUCUCAUUAUCUGACAACACUUGAAUCAGCUUGUUUAGUACUCUUAAAAAAAAGUGCGUUUAUUUUUCUUAUUUGCCGCAGGACUAUGACUCCUGAAAUGCUCAUAAUUAUUGUCGUGUCGCAUAGCCUGUAUGAAAAUAACCGACAAUUGAAUAGCUACUAUGCCCUAGCCUGAAAUAACGGCCAGUAACGUGUACUUAUACCUCUCAAUGUGUGCAUUGUAGAAAGGGGCAGUGUUUUACUUUACUUUACGUUACUUUGUCAUUCUUACCCUGCCACACAUCUGUUCCCCCAAACGCACCCAGCUUGGUCUUAAGCACGAUUAGUUAGGCAUGUAGUAAUAAACUACUGCCCUGCCACAAUUAUAACACACAAGCAUUGCUUCUCCUGACAUAUAACUGUUAUAAUCCUCUCAAUGUUUUGCUUAUGGUUAUCUACUUUAUUAUAAAUACGCUACUCUUGUUAGUAAUCCUAUUGAAUGCUUAAAUAAUAUAAAAUGAGGCAGUCCCUCAUAACACCCAGCAUCAUUAUCUUCAUUUUAUCUCACCGAAUCUUACACGGACAUAUCAACUGUUUAGUUCAGCAUGUUAAAUAUAAAAAUUGUGCAAAUUAUCAUGCCACUGUCUACCUUGUAUGUAACUUGAAAUACGCUGUUGUGGCGUUUGUGGAUAUGUUGUGACCAUCUGCACAUCAAAAAUAAAGAAUAAAAAAAAAAAAAAGAAACAUGAGUAGAGUAGAGGAAUGAAAGAAGUAAGAAGGAAAGUUAGUAAGUUAGUAAGUAAGUGAGUCGGGGCAAUGAGGCACCACGGAGGAGGCAGCGGGAGAGGGGGGGAGCCAAGGACCGGGACAGGCCACUGCACUCAUGCCCUCCCUCCACCCGUCGAGGCUCUCCCGCCCCUCCUAAGCCCCCAGCGGGCUCCCAUCCCAUUGAAUAAGUGCUAUCCUGUGGGAGAGUUGUCAUUCAAACAUUUGUCAUAACUAAGCAGUUGCAUUUUGGAGAUGGUCUAUAUCUGGGGUACCCAAAAGGUAAAACCCCCAGAUUUUUUAACACUACAGCUUCCAUGAUGCUUUGCCAUUCGAAAGGCAUGCAAAGCAUCAAGGGAGUUGUAGUUCUACAACAUCUGGGGAUCUACUCUUUGGCCACCCCUGGUCUAUGUAGUUUGUGCUGCUGGUUUGACAAUUACACGUACAUUCCAUGAAUAGUAAGUGGUGCAUACCACAUAAUGAUAACUUUCUCAAUGGCUCCAAGAACAGAUUCUCUAUAUUACAAUGUUUCAGUUACAGAAUAUUUUGAGACUUUCUUUAAGAUACAAGGGUUUAUUCACUAAACGGUAAUUCUUAAUGAAUUAAGAACCAAAUAUCAAAGCUGUGACAAUGUCCGAAUUAGAGAAUUUUUCGAAAUCUGCUAUUUCGGCUUACAUUUUUCCAAAUGUUCUUCAGUUAAUUAAAGCUUGCUCUUUAGUUAAUUAGUUCAAUAGUCCCCCCACCACCUAAAACAGAAACCUAAUUUUAUUUAGCAUCCUUUUCAGAAUACCUAUUGAUAUUCUAUAUAUUUAAAAUGUUUCAUAACAUUUGAUGCAUGUUCACAUUCGCUAGCAGUUCUGUCUAACCUUCUAAUAUAUAAUCUCAUUCAUUGUGCAUCAUAUGUUUGUUUACCAUGACGCAGAGUAGGCAGCUGUCUAUAAACUGCAGGUAUAAAUGUGCAUUUUUCCUUAUUAGAGAUAGUUUGAUAUAGUAUUCAUUUUGCAGCAUGUUCAGUUUGUGGAGGGAGAGAGGGAGUUUUCACUCUUUUGUCUGUGUUCACUGGAACUUGCAAAAGUGAACUUCUUUAUCACUUUAUCUUUUUUUUUUUUUUUGUGGGGGCAGUUACGGCACCUGCCAAUUCUGCUCCUACUUGCAAUUUAUUCUAUUUUCAGAUGUACUUAAAACCCCUGUAGAGCCAUUUAAAAUACUGACAUUUUAUUGCUAUAUUGCUUUACAAUAAAUACACAUCACUUAAAGGGACACGAUAAGCACCAAAGCAAAUAUUAGCUUAAGUGUUCUUGGUGUGUAGCUCAUGCCUGUGCAGUCUAACUGCUUAGUUCUGUGCCAUUUUUUUUUUAUGCUCCCCUAGUCACACCUUCCCUGCAUGUCACCUUCAGUCUCCCUACACAUUUCCUGUAAAGUGAGAUCUAACGUUUUAACUUCCUUUAUUGAACAAUCUGUUUAAUUUAGAAUUUCUUGUAUCCUGCUCUGUUAAUAGCCCUGUAGAGCUUGUAGCAGCCUCCUGUGUGUAAUUAAAGUUCAAUUUACAGCUACUUCAUUAAGAUAAAGUUGUUUUGGUGCUUAGAGUAUUCUUUUAAUCCCUUAAGGACCAAACUUCUGGAAUAAAAGGGAAUCAUUACAUGUCACACAUGUCAUGUGUCCUUAAGGGGUUAAACUAGGCAUACCGCCUAUAGGCCCAUCACAGCUGCUUUUUUCACUUCUUGUAACUAUACUUAUCAAGUUAACACUUACUAACACAGUUAUAGACAUCUCCAUCACACUGCUUGUAUCCACACUUGUUUUACCUGUGAUCUGUAGCUAAAGAUGAUGGGUAAUCUUUACUUUCCUAUCUUUGGAGAAGUUCUAAAAUGUGAACUUUAAAGGUUUUUGUGCUCUCCUUGUUUACUUUUGAAAAUGAAUAUAAUUCUAACUUCAUGCAGCCACUGACACAUUGUAUAUAGUGUUUUUAUAUAUAUAUAUAUAUAUAUAUAUAUAUAUAUAUAUAUAUAUAUAUAUAUAUAUAUAUAUAUAUAUAUAUAUAUAUAUAUAUAUAUAGCAUGUAUUGUGUGCUAUGUAGGUACAGGCAUACCCCACUUUUAAGUACACAAUGGGACCAGAGCAUGUAUGUAAAACAAAAAUUUACUUAAAGUGAAGCAAUAACUUUUUUCACUUCCCAAUGUAUGUACUGCAUUAACUGAUACUGCAACUGCAGAUUUCCAGUGAUUUAUUUAGUGAUUUCCAGUGGGCUUUUAUUCAGUUAAAACAAACAGUAAAAAAUAAUCUAAUUCCAGAUUGUGCUAUUUAUCUUUAAUGUUUCACUAAUCUAACAACCUUAAACUGGGAGGAAAAGUAAAAUAAACCUGCCCACUGGGCCAUUUUCUGUCAAUACCGUGCCAAUUAGUAUUUGUUAGCAGCUUAGUUGCACACUUUGUUUAGAAACACCUCUUCAUCACUUUAAGCAUUUAUGAUUUAACUUUGAAUCCUCAGAAUUGUUGCUAAAGUCAUAGUUAUAGAAAAUGGCAGGGUAAACCCUUUCACUGGAUGGCAGCUGUUUGCAUAAUAUGGACAAUGUAUGGGCAGAAAAAAAAUAUAUAUGUUCAGCUAGGAGUAGGCAUUAUAACUUUGAGAUGUCAGAAGGUGUGAAAAGUUCUUGCCCCAAUGACACUGAACUGAGCUGCUCCGGACGAGAAUAUAACCUUCCAUUUACUGUUCGCUCGCAAACAGAAGAGGCGCGGGAAUGUCUGUACUCGCGAGGCACCUUUAAGUACACUCGCAGGUAUGUCUGUACUCGCGAGUGGAUGUAAAGUGAGUGUAUGUAAAGCAGGGUAUGCCUGUACUUGACAUAACUAUGUAUACUAAAAUGUUUCCUCUGUACAACUAAAGAAUCAGUGUUCGCAUGCUACAUUCUAAUGUAUAACUGACUGUGUGAAAUUUUAUUUUACUGUUCAAACUAACAACUUUCGAACUUGCUUAUCAAUCAGGUUUCAGUUCUUCACGGACAAAAUCCUGCCUCAGUAUCGGGAUGCUAUUAUGUCACACACUCUCAUCUAUAUCCCUUCGUACUUCGACUAUGUUCGUCUCCGGAAUUAUUUCAAGAAGGAGGACCUGAGCUUCAUGCAUAUCUGUGAAUAUACCGACAGAUCUGGAAUCUCCAGAUCUCGCCAGUUCUUUAUGAGAGGAGAGAAACAGUUCCUUCUGGUCACCGAAAGAUUUCACUUUUAUAAGAGGUGAGAAGAGCUUAUAUCCUCUGUGUGCCCGCAAGAUAGUUACCUUGAGGCAUAUUAUAGGAGAACACAAAUGUAAUUACCUUGUGAAAGUAUUCAUUUCACCUAAAUAUUUACUUGCCACCAUAUCAUUUCUGCAUGACUGAUGUACAUUUUAGAGAAUAAACAUUUAUACAUCUGCUAACAUUCAAAGUGACCCAAAUUUAAGAUUUCAAAUUAUACAUUUUAACACCUCGGCCAUUCGAACAUAUUAUUUUCGGAGCACCCAUGCUAGUUAGAGUUAUGCCAAGUAACAUUAGUAAUUCAGUGUUUUGAAGUGGUCAUGGUAUUGUAGUCUGUAUGUGCUGUGUUUUACUUUGAAUUGCUGCACAUUCAGAGUUUAACCUCUUUGCUGCCAGUGGUGUAUACCUCUAGCAGCGUCAUAGAGUCGUUUAUAGCUGGCCUGGAACAAGAGUUCUGGGCUAGCUAAUGUCAAUUGUGUGCAUCUUUCUAUACACAGAAUUGAAUUCAUUGGCUGAGAGUGGGCAGCUGUUGUGGGGAGUCCAGGUAUGAGGGCAAACCAUUGCAAAAUCAGUUAGCUUUAGUACUGGGAAACUAGGCCAGGGUAAUCCUGGCAUCAUAACUUGUGUUUCAUUUAGAGUAAAUCAAGCACAAACAGUAUCUUUGUUUUAUUUCAGAUAUACACUGAAGGGUAUCCGGAACCUUAUCUUUUAUGAACUGCCUACUUAUCCACACUUCUACAGCGAGGUGUGUAACAUGAUGAAGUCAUGGAAGCAAGGGGAGGAGGCUACCUUGACCUGCACGGUUCUGUACUCCAAGUAUGAUGCUCAGAGACUUGCUGCAGUGGUUGGCGCAGAGAGGACUGCACAAAUGUUGCAGUCUAAGAAGAAUGUACAUCUUUUUGUUACUGGAGAAAGUAAUUAAACCAAACCCGAAAAGAAAGGACUUUGAAUCCACUUUUUUUGAUUUUUUUACAAACAUAUUUGUAUAGACAUGUAUAGUAUGUUAUGUGGAACUAACAGUUUAAUAGGAAGCUACCUGGAGAUAGUAGACACAACCUCAUUUUCAGUAUCUAAAAUCUUCUAACAGUAUGGACUCUGCUGUUCAGUGAAAUUAACGUUUCAGUCAUUUAAGAAGAAACAACGUUUAGUAUAGGACUAUAGAUGCAUAUUGUUAUUUACAAUUGGCUGUACAAUGGAGAUCGGAGAUUUCGCAUUUUGGUAUACCUUUAGAGUUUAAAGGUAAUAGUGAAAAUAUAAUUCUAAGUAAAGAUAAGUUCUUUCAACUGGUAUAUAGACUUAUCAUUCCCAUUGUAUUGCUAUUUGGGAUAACGGUGACCCAUUGUGUUAGUAUAUUGAGUAACAAUUCUCAUUGUUCUGGUAUAUGGGGUAACCAUGUCCCAUUCUGUUAAUAUCUGGAGUAGUUGUAUCCCAUUCUGCUAGAAUAUGGAGUAACUAUACCCCAUUUUGUUCGUAAAUGGAGUAAUUAUGUCCAAUUUUGCUACAUGGGGCAACUAUUCCCUCUUCAUUCCAGUUUGACUGUUCAACAUUCUGCUACUAUGUAGCCAGACAUCUGUCCUUGCAACUGGUAUAUGGACUUUAAAUUCAUCAUCAGAAUAUGGAGUAGAAAUUCACCGGUGGAAGAGCCAGAGCUGACAGUUAUUUCGCCAACUGGAACAAGUGGUGCUGAAUAACUGGUGCUAUUUGUCACACAAGAUGAAGCAGACUAUAUUGGUUAGUGCAAUAAAUUACCAUUGUACUGUAUAAGGACAUAAUUCUUGCUCUAGCUGGUUUUGUACAUGUGGAAUAAAGUUAGUAUGACAGCUUAGUCCUUUUUAUUUGAGAACCUUCUUAUAUUGUAGUCCAUAUUUAUUUAGUUAAAGGGAUCCUCUGGACUCCUAAAGCAUUUCAGCUUGCUAAAUAUCUUUAAGUGUGAAGAGUGUGUCCUCUUUAUUUCAUUUUACAAAUAGUGCAGCUUUUAAUAGAAAUUGGUAGUUAUGUAAAUUAAUCUUGUUACACCCCCCGACUAUAAAUCAGACAACUGGUCCUGUUACUUCCUUGUUUGCUUAGCUCAGUGGAGCUAAACUCAAGAGGCAGCAAUUUCCAAGAGCACGUGCCUUUGCAAAAACUUAUCGUUGAGCUGCAAGGGACAUAAUGUGCAGCACCGACGUUCAGUGUGUCCACACUCUGCAUGGAGAUGCUGAACUUUCCUUCUAGAGAUGCACUGAUUUAAUGCAUCUCUACAAGGAGAUGCUGAUCGGCCAACACAGUGUUUGGAUCUCACUCUGCC